CUCAAAACCCUAAAGCGAGCAGAGCGUCCUCAGCGGAUAAUAGCAAAGCGGAACCUUCUCUGAGCCGCCUCUGUCUCCGAUCAAAGAUGAAGUUCAACAUCGCUAACCCGACCACCGGGUGCCAGAAGAAGCUUGAGAUCGAUGACGAUCAAAAGCUGCGAGCAUUCUUUGACAAAAGAAUCUCACAGGAAGUCAGUGGUGACUCCCUUGGAGAGGAAUUCAAGGGUUAUGUGUUCAAAAUCAUGGGAGGCUGUGACAAGCAAGGUUUCCCAAUGAAGCAGGGAGUGUUGACCCCUGGUCGUGUUCGCCUUUUGCUUCACAGAGGAACUCCUUGCUUCCGUGGUUAUGGAAGGCGCAAUGGAGAGCGGAGGAGGAAGUCUGUUCGAGGUUGCAUUGUCAGCCAGGACCUUUCUGUUUUGAACUUGGUUAUUGUGAAGAAGGGUGAGAACGAUCUCCCCGGAUUGACAGACAUCGAGAAACCUAGGAUGAGAGGUCCCAAGAGGGCAUCCAAGAUCCGAAAGCUGUUCAAUCUCUCAAAGGAGGAUGACGUUAGGAAGUAUGUUAACACCUACCGCCGAUCAUUCACAACCAAAUCUGGGAAGAAGGUGAGUAAAGCUCCCAAGAUUCAGAGGUUGGUCACUCCAUUGACCUUGCAAAGGAAGCGCACAAGAAUUGCUGAGAAGAAGAAGAGGGUUGCCAAGGCGAAGGCUGACGCUGCUGAGUACCAGAAGCUCCUUGCGACCAGAUUGAAGGAGCAAAGAGAGCGUCGCAGUGAGAGUUUGGCCAAGAAGAGGUCCAGGCUCUCUGCUGCUUCUAAGCCAUCAGUUGCUGCUUAGAUUUUGGUUUAAGAUGUCAUGGUUCAUCAUGCCCAACCAUUUGCUUCCUGGAUGGCAUUUGCAUUGAUUGUGCAUUCACAAUUUUCUUC